UGCUAAAACUUGAGUUAUGAAAUAAUGAUGGUAACGUGUGACCAACUUCGUAAGACGGACACGAGAAGAAAACAUGAAAGCCGAGACAUCAGGAAGGGUUGCUACUCGGUCAGAACUGGUGUAUGAUUCGCUGGGAGCAUCAGUCCAAGGACGCGCUGAAUAAACGAGCCUAUCUCAUGGCCCUGCACUUUCGGAUAGCCUCGUAGAGUUGUAGCCUUGCUCGUGACAACGUUAUGUGCACCUCGAGUAGACCUCAGGAUAUACAAACGCCUUCUCUAAGAGGUGGAGUCACUGUUUCGAAGUACCGAAACUUCCAUUGUCUUUGCUAAAGAUGUCUCCUGUGCGAGCGACUCUCGAGUACUUGCAGAAGCUCCCACUCUACGAACAUGAGAAGCCGUACUGGUGUUUUUUGCCCCCAAAAGAGGGGUACGAUCCAGAUCAUCAAAGAGUUGACAAUCUCGAAUUCGAGGACCACUCCGACAUCAUCAUUCAAGACAUCCGGAAAUCAAAGACGAAGCCGAGAAUAGGAGAGUGUGGCUUCGAAGUGCUUGAUCAUGAAAGUCAAUUCUCAGCUUUCCCUAGGGCUGAAGAUGUCAUGCAGUACCGCGAAGAGACGGAAGCGCUACUGAAGGAGAAACUUGGUGCGGAAUUUGUACAGUGUUAUGAUUCGAGGCUGAGGGAGAAUAUUUUGUUUCAGCGGAGGCAGUUGGAUCUGAACGAUCUGACUCUGACUGAGGGUCCGGCUCGCGGAGUUCAUAAUGGUAUGUGGUUCUUGAAUUCCGACUUUGACAGCCAUAUAUCUGACUUUGAGUCAGAUAUCACUUAUCUAUCUGGCCCGCAGGUAAUCAACCGCUACCUCUCAAAUGAGAUCAAAGCCAAAUAUAUGAGACCAGGUUACCGAUUCAGAAUCAUCAACACCUGGAGAACACUGAUUCCCCAACUGGAGGAUCGUCCACUUGCUCUUUGUGACAGCCGGUCUGUUAACCCAGAAGAUCUCGUUGCAGCUGAUCGGAUCAUUCCAGAUCGGGUUGGUGAGGUAUACUACCUGACAUACAACCCAAACCAUAAAUGGUUCUGGCUGGAAAAACAAACCCCUGCUGAGCCGUAUGCUUUUGUUAUGUAUGAUACGAAGGGUGGGGAUCAUGCUCGAUUCUGUCCGCAUGUUUCGUUCGUGAAUCCAAAUGCGCCUGAGGGUGCAGCUCCUCGGCAGUCAAUAGAGACGAGGUCGAUAGUUGUCACCAAAGAAUGAGAGUGAGGGAAAGGUCCUUCGUAAAACUGCAUAACACUAAGAGCAUCUGCAUCAGCAUCGGAAUUGUCGUGGGAGCGUCUUCCUACUAGUGCAUGUAACGGAGUAAUAUGGUAUUCCAGAAUUUGGAGACCUGGGAAUAGUACAAGAGCAUUCGCCACCAUCGUAAGGAGAAAACAAUAAGCAUUCUAGCAUGGCUUUAGGUCGUAGGAAUGGAUUAGCAUCUGCUGUGUUGCGUAAGAAGGCAUCGAUGCAUAUUUCGAGAAAACAUGAGUUCUACAGUUGCAUAUUCUCAUCUCUUUGGUAGACCGCACAGAAAUAGGGCACUAAUAGCGGGGUGAGCCCAAUUUUCGGGCUUCUCUCCACUUACACGUGACCAUUGUUUUCAUCUGAAAAGGGAAACGUAUUAAUUGUGGUUUGUUAAUAAUCGAUAUUUGACUGCUUGUGG